UAAUCCAUCAGAAGAAGAUAAAUGGAGCAACAACACAACAACAAUGGAGGCAGCUCCAUCAUCCUCUUAUUUAUCUUUCUUACUACCUCUAAAUUCAUCUCAACCUUUAAAACGCACCUCAUUAUUUCCUCAUAAAGCCAUUACCAGGUCCACUGGUACUUCCUUUUCUCUCAGAUCUAGACUCUAUAAGGUCAAAACCAGAGCUACCUUUGAUGAGAAUGACCAAUCCGCUUCUUCUCCGAUUCUUCUUUCACAAGACGAACAAGAAUCACAGGCUCAAACAAUCUCUGCAGAGGUAGAGGAGAGUGUGAAAGUGCUGAAAAAUGCUGCAAAAACAAGAAAAGUUCCGGUUGAAAAGGUUUUGUCUGCACUUUCUGUAAUGGAGAAGUCUAAACUUGAUUCUUCCGAGUUUCUUGAAAAACUCGGUGGCUCGAACUCACCUGGUAGAACUUGGAUGCUUAUUUUCACUGCUCAGAAACAAUUGAAGAAAGGAAGCUACUUCCCUAUUACUGCUGUUCAGAGAUUUGAUGCUGCUGGGAAGAGAAUUGAAAAUGGUGUAUAUUUUGGGCCAAUUGGAUGCUUAACUUUUGAAGGCAAGUUUACAUGGAAAAACAGGAUAUUGGCAUUUGUGUUUGAGUGUAUUCGUAUUAAGAUUGGACCUUUGAAACCUUUAGAGAUUAGUCUUGGCCAAAAGAAUGAUACAGAACCAAGCACCAAGGAUCCCUUUUUUAUCUGGUUUUUCAUUGAUGAAGAAAUAGCGGUUGGUCGCGGCAAAAGUGGCGGAACUGCCUUUUGGGUUCGUUGUCGUCGUGCUACAAUCUGAUGUCGGUUUAUGAGCACAAUCACUGAUACAGAAAAACAGAAUGUUUGGACAUGGACACGCAAGAACGUGUUAUUUUACAAUGCUGAAAAUAAAAUUUGGCGUCCGAAACAUCGAACAUCCGAUAGAUUUUCAUUAUAUAAAGUGUUAACUUAAUGAAAUCAUUGUACUUUUUGGAUAAGAAUGAUGGUAUUUCUCAAAAUGCUUGUAAACAUCAGCAGUAAUAAAGCUGAUUUUGAAGUGUA